AGCGUUCCCCUUUGAUGCUAUACAAGUAACCUAGAUCCAUCUGUAAGGGAAUCAUACCACUCUGUGAGUUGAAAGUACAGGAGUCCCGGGCAAAUCGAGUGACCAUGGUCCGGCAGACAUAAGGAGCAUAGCCUGCCUCUGGAUUAAAAGAAGAGCAGGCAAUAUACUGUUUCACCAAUUAUCCUGUGCACACUACAAUUCCUCAUAUAAGUCUGCCAUGCCAGUAGACUUGGCAAUGCCACUCUUCCUGUCAAACGGGGACUUCCAUGGGAAAAGGCGCUCCAGGCCUGUAAAAUGUUUACAGCCACGCCAGAACCCAGAUGAAGGCCAAACGGUCAACCGAGGUUGCUCCCAGCAGUGGUCCAGUUUGGACGAGGUGAGCACACUCAAAGCAAAGAAGAAGCAGGUGUCUUUUGCUGACCACAGGGGCAUGGCUCUUACCAAGGUCAAAGUCUUCUCCGAGUUUGACGACCCCAUCGACAUCCCGCUCAACAUCCAGGAACUUCUGCGCUCGGCGCUCAGCUUGUCGGAGAAGGGUGCUCUAGUCCUCGACUUCACCCAGCCGUCAUCCGACUACCUGCUCUUCCGCCAGCGCCUGGAGCGUGACUUCGUCUGCCUGGAGAACUGCACGCUCACGGAGCUGACCCUGGCGGGCACGGUGAAGGUCAAGAACCUGGCCUUCGAGAAGUCGGUCAAGCUGCGCAUCACCUACGACACGUGGAAGAGCCACGUCGACGUGCCGUGCCAGUACGUGAAGGCCACCUACACCGACGAGAACCGGGACACCUUCGCCUUUGAGGUGAGCCUGCCCAGUGACUUGCGACCACACGAGCGUAUCGAGUUUGCCGUCCUCUAUGAGGUCGACGGAGUGCAACAUUGGGACGGCAACGAGGGGCAGAACUACAGGAUCGUUCCCUCCUCGCUGAAGGAAGAACACCAGAAGCCCUCGCAUAUAAGUCCAAUACAAAAUGGCAGCAACGACUGUGGCAUUCACUUUGACCGCUAUGGGAGCCCCCGAUGCUCGCAUGGGAUUUUCCCUAACUGGGCAGGAUAUGCUAGCUAUGAGGACAUUGGACCUUACUACUAGUCCUUGUAAUGCUACUAAUCUUUCAGACCUGUUGUCUUUAUAUUAGCCAAUGGAAGAUUGACAUUGCAUUAUGCAUAUUUUCCUUUGCGUGCAGGGUGCAGGUAGUACCACUUUCUGACCUCUGACACACUGACUCAGAACUCUGAGUGGGGUGUCUCGGCCUCAUUACACUAAUCCAAACAGGAUGGAUUCAAAGACUGGGAAAGUGUGUCUUACAUCAUGAUGGUGUUUGUAGCGCCAGUGCAAUAUUGCUUCUUACCUGUAAGUGCCAAAGCUGGUUUUCCAUUUGAGGAAAAUUUUAAGAAAAUGAAAAAAUAUAUAUUUGUCUAAUUUUGAGAUGUUGUAUGCAUUUCCAGUGUUUUUUAGGUUGCUCACUCAGACAAGCUAAUAUUGUUGUGAAUGUUUGAGUGUAUGUGUGACUGAGAGAGUGGGUGAGUGAGCGAGCAAGUGAAUGAGGGAGAACAAAAAGGGUCUAAGCCCAGUUAUGGUAUUUUCUGAUACAGCUGCUACUUUAUUGAGUUUAUUUAUGAUGAGUAUGACUGGGGACUUAUGCCCUUAUGACGUGCCAAUAUUAAUUGCGAUCGAUCUUAAGGCUGUUUUUAAUGGCAGAGUGCUUUAAUUGUUUGCACUGAGGAAAGGCAUCAUGGGGAAAAAAGAUCUCCAGUAUCAAUGUGAUUGUUAGAUUGAGAAUUGAGAAUGUAUUUGUUUCUUUUAAAUGUCUUUAAAGCUUUUAGCUAUUUUAACUUUGGGCCUGAAACACCUUUUUUUCAUGUUCUCACAUCAGAUACUUGGGUUCACUUUUGUUGGAUAUUAGUCUUUUUGUAUUUUGAAAAAUUUCAAUCACAGCUGUCUUUUAUAGUGGAGAAUAAGGUAAACAUGGUUUAUUCAAUACCACAAAUGAUAGUUGAUUAAGUGUGUGUUUGUUUUCUAGUUUUUCCUAGUUUUCCUAAUUAUUAGUAUUAUGUGACAAUAGGGAUGUGCACAUGCACAAGCACCAGCCACUUGUUCAUCGGUUACAACUGAGAAUCGGUGUAGUUUUGUGUCAGGGAUAUAUUGAUCUCUGUUUUUCAAUUUGAAUGGGAAUUGUAAGUCAUUCUUUUUCUCUUUUUUGUGUCUUAUGUUUUUUUUGUUCUGUUUUUUGUUUUGUUUUGUUUUUUGAAAAUGAAUAAAUGCAACUUGUACAUCA